AAUAGAAGUAUCAUCCUCACCAAUAACAAGAAAAACAUUGUGUAACAAGGCAACACCCAAUAUAUAAUAACAACUAUAUUAAACAAAUUAUAUCUUUGGAAAUAUAGUCCAAACACUCCCUAAGCCGGCCUAACCAGCUCAUGCUUUGCAGGACACAUUACUUUGUCAAUGUCACCCAACAAUUUCUUAAGACAUAUGUUUCUUAAUAUUAAUCAAAUAUUCCUCAUUCUCUCUAAUUAUUUUCCCAUUUCAUCUUUUUUUUCAUCUUAAUUUCAAUCAUGCUUCAUGAAAGAGAAUACAUCUCUAUUCUCAUUCUUUUCAUGAUCAUAUCCAAUUUUUUCUUACCAACUUUAACAGCUGACACAGAUGCUCAAAUACUAAUGAAUUUCAAAAGCUUUUUGUCUAAUGCAGAUGCAUUAAACAAUUGGAGUAACAAUUCUAUUAAUGUGUGCACAUGGAAUGGUUUAAUAUGCAAAGAUCAAACACUUCAUGGUUUGAGACUAGAAAAUAUGGGACUAAGUGGAACAAUUAAUGUAGACAUACUUAUGAAUUUAUCCACUUUGAGAAGUUUUAGUGUCAUUAACAAUAAUUUUGAGGGUUCAUUUCCUGCAUUUAAUAAACUUGUAGGAUUAAGGGCAUUGUUUUUGACUAAUAAUAAAUUCUCUGGUGAAAUUUCUGAUGAUGCUUUUGAAGGAUUAAGAAGGCUUAGGAGAGUAUUCUUAGCAGAAAAUGAAUUUAAGGGUCAUAUUCCUAAUUCUCUUGCUCAAUUGCCUAGACUUUAUGAUGUUGAUUUACAUGGAAAUAGUUUUGAUGGUAAUAUACCAGAGUUUCAACAAAGUGGUUUCAGAGUGUUUAACUUGUCUAACAAUCAAUUGGACGGUGCAAUACCAGAAAGCUUAAGAAAUCAGGAUCCAAAUUCUUUUGCAGGUAACAAAGGUCUGUGUGGAAGUCCUCUAAGCUUCCCUUGCAGCAAAAGCCAAAGCCAUGAAGAACAAAAAGAAGAAGAACACAAGCCACGCCAUGUUCUUAUUAGUGUUAUUGUAUUUGUGAUUGUGCUUGUAUUGAUUUCAAUACUAGCACUUUUAUUCAUCCGUUAUCGUAGAAAGAAAGCUGCAGCAAAAUCGAACUGGAAUAUGGAGAAUUCACAAUCACAGUCUCAGAACACAAAUGCUAGUAUAGUUUCCACUAGUGAAGCCAAAUCCAUUACAAUUGAAUCCAAGAAAAACAAAGACGAAGAUUUGAACUUCGUUAGCAACGAAAGGGUUGAGUUUGAUUUGCAAGAUUUGUUAAGAGCCUCAGCUGAGGUUUUGGGAAGUGGAAGUUUUGGAUCAACAUACAAAGCUAUGGUAUUGAGUGGACCAGUUGUGGUUGUGAAAAGAUUUAAGCAUAUGAACAAAGUUGGCAAAAAAGAGUUCUAUGAUCAUAUGAGAAGGCUUGGAAGUUUGACACAUCCUAAUCUACUUCCUCUUGUUGCAUUCUACCAUGGAAAAGAAGAGAAGCUUUUGAUACAUGAUUUUGCAGAAAAUGGUAGCUUGGCCAGUCAUCUUCAUGGUAAACAUGGUUGCGAGUUGGAUUGGCCAACACGUUUGAAGAUAAUAAAAGGAGUGGCUAGAGGUUUAGCUUACCUUUAUAGCGAGUUUCCCGACGAAAAGCUACCACAUGGACAUCUAAAAUCGUCGAAUGUUGUGUUAGACCAUUCAUUCGAACCUCGUUUAACUGAGUAUGGACUCGUAGCAGUAACUGAUUUGAAACAUGCUCAGCAGUUCAUGGUAGGUUUCAAGUCUCCAGAGGUGAGUCAAAAUGAAGGGCCAAGCGAGAAGAGCGACGUAUGGUGUUUAGGAAUACUUAUAUUGGAGCUAUUGACAGGGAAGUUCCCUGCAAAUUUUUUGAGACACGGGAAGGGAGCGACGGAGGAUUUGGCAAAGUGGGUGGAAUCUAUAGUGAGGGAAGGGUGGAGUGGAGAAGUGUUGGAUAAAAGCAUUGGUGGAAGUAGGGGUGAAGAGGGUGAAAUGUUGAAGUUGUUGAGAAUUGGGAUGAGUUGUUGUGAAUGGAGUUUGGAGAAUAGGUUUGGUUGGAAGGAGGCAGUGGCUAAGAUUGAGGAGUUGAAGGAAAUGGAUCAUGUUGGUGUUGGAGUUCAGAGUCUGGAUUCUGAAUUUCCAUUUGCUAAGAGAGUUGAAUGGGCCUUGAAACUAAAGGGUGUUGAUUAUGAGUAUGUAGAAAAAGAUAUCUUCAAUAAAAGCACUCUCCUUUUGGAAUUGAACCCGGUUCACAAGUCGGUUCCGGUUCUUGUUCAUGCUCAAAAACCAAUUGCAGAGUCAUUGAUUAUCCUUGAAUACAUUGAUGAAACAUGGAAGCAAUAUCCACUUUUACCUUGCCAUCCUUAUCAAAGAGCUUUUGCUCGUUUUUGGGCUAAUUUUGGUGAACAAAAGCUUUUGGAUGUAGCAUGGAUUGCAAUGUGUAGUAAUGGAGACGAACAGGAAAAGGCUAUAAAGCUAGCCAGAGAAGCAAUAGAGAAGAUAGAAGAUGAGAUUAAGGGGAAGAAAUUCUUUGGAGGGGACACUAUUGGAUACCUUGAUCUUGCUCUUGGAUGGAUAUCUUACUGGCUUCCAAUUUGGGAAGAAGUUGGGUCAAUGCAGGUACUUGACCCAUUGAAAUGUUCAGCUAUCACUGCAUGGAUGACAAAUUUUCUCAGCCACCCUGUGAUUAAGGACAGCUUGCCCCCAAGAGACAGGAUGCUUGUUUACUUCCACACUCGCAGAGAGACAUUGUCUGAGAUGAUGGGAAGCCAAGAUGUGAAGUUGGUUAGUUUCUGGGUUAGUCCAUUUGCUAAAAGAGUUGAGUGGGCCUUGAAACUAAAGGGUGUUGAUUAUGAGUAUGUAGAAGAAGACAUCUUCAACAAAAGUAGUCUCCUUUUGGAACUGAACCCGGUUCACAAGUCGGUUCCGGUUCUUGUUCAUGCCCAAAAACCAAUUGCAGAGUCAUUGAUUAUCCUUGAAUACAUUGAUGAAACAUGGAAGCAAUAUCCACUUUUGCCACACCAUCCUUAUGAAAGAGCUUUUGCUCGCUUUUGGGCUAAUUUUGGUGAACAAAAGCUUUUGGAUGUAGCAUGGGUUGCAAUGUGUAGCAGUGGAGAAGAACAGGAAAAGGCUCUGAAGCUAGCCAGAGAAGCAAUGGAGAAGAUAGAAGAUGAGAUUAAGGGGAAGAAAUUCUUUGGAGGGGACACUAUUGGAUACCUUGAUCUUGCUCUUGGAUGGAUAUCUUACUGGCUUCCAAUUUGGGAAGAAGUUGGGUCAAUGCAGGUACUUGACCCAUUGAAAUGUUCAGCUAUCACUGCAUGGAUGACAAAUUUUCUCAGCCACCCUGUGAUUAAGGACAGCUUGCCCCCAAGAGACAAGAUGCUUGUUUACUUCCAGUCUCGCAGAGAGACAUUGUCUGAUGCAUUUCAUGGCUGGUUCAAAGUUUAGGUGUAUGUUUGGUAUCAUGGUGUGUAUGCUAAAAUCACAGUGAUACAACGUGAUUUUUCAAAAGCUACACUCUGUAGCUUCUGCAAAAUCACGGUGGUAUACCGUGAUUCUGACAUACUCACCGUGAUACCAAACAUAGGCUAGAUCUAGAUCUUUUUUCCACUAUCUAUAUAUAUGUUUCAUAAUGUGAAUGUGAUAAGUUCACAAUUAUUUGGUUUGGAUUAGCUUAGUUGGAUAAGAUUUGGUUCGAUUAGUUACUACUAAUAGCAUAUGUUUUUAUUUUAUUUAAUAUUAUUCCAUUACAACCCA